AUGCUGCCAGUGUACAGUAUGCCAACUCCAACGAAAUGUUUUACUGCCGGGACUUCCGAUUCGCUACAUAUCCCAGUUCAUAAGAUAUUUUGUCCACCCCUGCUGCAGUUGAUUGCGGUGGCAUUUGCCAUUAUGAGUUGCAAGCGAUGCAUCGCGCUUGUAGGCGAAGUGUGGUGCAAACCGUAG